GGCAGGCAGCGCACUCGCACUAGUAUCGGUGCCUACCGCAGUUCUCUCGGACCGAGUCAAGCGGAACGGCGUGCGCACUACGAUGUGUAAUCGACUCCCAGUCGUGUUGAAAUAAGAGUGGUGACACACGGGUCUGACACCUGCAACUGUUUUGAUAUUCGAGGGCGCGAAACCUAGAUGAUUCACGAAGGAAAUACUUCCCUUGAAGCAAAGAGCACUUCUCUCUUUCAGUAGAUUUUGAUGAUGGUAGCGCAACCUGCGUGAUUUCCUGCUGUGCUGUAGUGUCGGAGCCAGUUCGUUUGGAGGAGAGGAACCUCCCCUUAUGUAUCAAUUACCUUGAGACAAACCCACUGACAGAAUGAUUGAAGAAAGCAGUAAAAGCGGGAAGUCGCUGGUGGAGAAGAGGCAGCUCUUCAUGGAGAUGAGGGCACAAAACUUUGAUGUGAUCCGGCUUUCCACGUACAGAACAGCUUGCAAGCUGCGCUUUGUGCAGAAGAGAUGCAACCUCCAUCUGGUGGAUGUGUGGAACAUGAUCGAGGCCUUCCGUGACAACGGGCUCAACACGCUGGAGCACCAGGCGGAGAUCAGUGUGUCGCGCCUGGAGACCAUCCUGUCGUCCAUCUACUACCAGCUCAACAAGCGGCUGCCCACCACACACCAGAUCAACGUGGAGCAGAGCAUCGGCCUGCUGCUCAACUUUAUGGUGGCCACCUAUGACAGUGAAGGCAGAGGGAAGCUCACUGUGUUUGCCAUGAAAUCCAUGCUGGCCACCAUGUGUGGAGGGAAAAUCGUAGAUAAACUGCGCUAUAUCUUCUCCCAGAUCUCUGACUCCAGCGGGUCGAUGUUAUUCCCAAAGUUCGACCACUUCCUGCGGGAGGUACUCAAGCUGCCCACCGCCGUGUUUGAGGGGCCGUCUUUUGGCUACACCGAACACUCUGUCCGCACCUGUUUCCCCCAGCAGAAGAAGAUCCAGUUGAACACAUUUCUGGAUGUGCUGACGGCUGACCCGCCCCCUCAGUGCCUUGUGUGGCUGCCGCUCAUGCACCGGCUGGCUCAUGUGGAGAACGUCUUCCACCCAGUGGAGUGCUCUUACUGCCACAGUGAGAGCAUGAUGGGCUUUCGUUACCGAUGCCAACAGUGCCACGGCUACCAGCUCUGCCAAAGCUGCUUCUGGCGUGGUCAUGCCAACGGUCCCCACAGCAACCAGCACCAGAUGAAGGAACACUCGUCUUGGAAGUCCCCUGCCAAGAAGCUGAGCCACGCCAUCAGCCGCUCCCUGGGCUGUGUGCCCAUCGGGGAGCCGCCACAGCCCACCUUCCCUGAGGUCAGCGAGAGGCCGCCCGACCUGGCGCCAACUACUCUGCUGAGGCCCGUGUCCAACAUGAACGUGCUGAUGGCGUCGGCCGCCCACACACCUGCAGACAGCAGCGUCCUGGAGAGCCCCAGUCGGCUGGACGAGGAGCACCGCCUGAUCGCCCGCUACGCCGCACGUCUAGCUGCAGAGGCCAGCAAUUCCACUUGUCCUCCCACUGAUCUCGGAUUCAGCUUUGAUGCCAACAAGCAGCAGAGGCAGCUGAUUGCUGAGCUGGAGAACAAGAACAGGGAGAUUCUGCAGGAGAUACAGCGCCUGCGUCUGGAGCAUGAGCAGGCUUCUCAGCCCACACCGGAGAAAGCCCAGCAGAACCCCACACUGCUGGCUGAGCUCAGGCUGCUCAGGCACCGGAAGGACGAGUUGGAGCGGCGCAUGUCCGCCCUACAGGAGAGCAGGAGAGAGCUGAUGGUGCAGCUGGAGGGCCUGAUGAGGCUGCUAAAGGAUGAAGAACAGAAGCAGUCAGCUCAGUCAGGCUCGCCCCACUCCUCGCCCAGCCACAGUGCCAGCUGCUCGAUGCCCAUGCCCAUCCGCUCCACGUCGGCCGGCUCCACGCCCACGCACACCCCCCAGGACUGCCUGGCAGGGGUGGGCGGCGACGUGCUGGAUGCCUUCUCUCAGGGUGUACCAAGGAAUCUUCGUAAUGACCUUCUGGUUGCUGCUGACUCCAUCACAAACACAAUGUCCUCUCUGGUGAAAGAGCUCCACUCAGUGGACGACAGACUGGAGGAAGAGGAGGAGAAUCUGAGGAAUGGACGAGACAAAGUGAAAUGCAUCAUGGGAACAGGACCACCUUCCACCAUUCUCAACAUCCGGAUGCAUUCGCAGAAAAAAGAAAAGAAAAAAAAAAAAACUAAAACAAAGAGCUAGCAACAUCAACAAUCCUUGCCCUGGCACGAGCACACAGAAUAACGCAUGCUGUUCAGGCUAUUGGGGCUUUUUCACUGUGUGAGUCGGGACUGGCAACCUUGUGUGCUGGCAGGAAGUGGUCUCUCACGAACACACGUACUGCACCUUCCUGCUGGAGGUCGAAGGUUCACUCACACAGGAACGGCUUUCUCUGGUUCUCAUCUCUCAUAGACUACAGAUGUCAAAAUAUAAUGUAUUCUGGUGCACACAGUUAAGCACACAUAGGUAUGUUCACUCAAACACAAACACACACACACACACACACACACACACACACACACACACACACACACACACACACAGUGUUUCCCCUCCAAAGAUGCAGAUGCAUUUUAUUAUGAAAUUAAA